GCGUCAUCCUCCAAUCUGGCCAAUACAGUCCCGGACUGUGUGAGGCAGUCUGUCAGUCUAGUUAUAAACAUAUCCGCGAAGCCCUGUAGCCACGAAUGUUGAGUGUGUGUAGUUCUACAGCCCAUGACGGCGCAACCCUUUGGAGGCGGAACAGUUGGCAUCGGCACGCAGAUGUCGUGAGUGCUGGGUUGUCAGGGAAGUUGGUGGAGUGGAGACCACAACGCGACUGAAACAAUCAGCGAUGAAAAGGCUGUGCCACGCCGGCUGCCACUACAAUCCAUACAGCAGCCGUCAGCGCCUGUUGAUAUCGCAUGGCAAUUAAAUACAACCUGUCUCUUCAAGCGGCGGACUGACACCACCAUGGCUAAGCGAAGUACUUUAUUUAUCAGAAUCGUGGAGGGCAAAAACUUGCCCAUCAAAGACAUAACUGGAAGCAGUGAUCCAUACUGUAUUGUCAGGAUCGACAAUGAGGCCAUUAUCAGAACGGCAACAAUAUGGAAGACCCUGUCUCCCUUCUGGGGCGAGGAGUAUAACGUUCACCUCCCGCCCUCCUUUCACACCGUCUCCUUCUACGUGCUGGAUGAGGAUUCUCUCAGCCGUGAUGAUGUCAUCGGCAAGGUGUCCAUUAGCAAGGAAGCGCUCACUGCCAAACCCCAAGGUAUAGAUGGCUGGCUGGCUCUGAGCGAGAUUGACCCUGAUGAGGAGGUGCAGGGGGAGAUCCACCUCCACAUCUCCGUGGUGGGAGACGGUGACGUGCCCACGCGGCUACGCUGCCAGGUCAUGGAGGCCAGAGAUCUUGCCAAGAAGGACCGCAACGGGGCCUCUGAUCCCUUUGUCAGAGUCAGAUACAACGGAAAAACAUGUGAAAGUGCGGUGGUGAAGAAGACACGGUAUCCUCGCUGGAACGAGAGCUUUGAGUUUGAGCUGGAGGACGCCUCGGCUGACUCUCCACUCAGCGUGGAGGUCUGGGACUGGGACCUCGUCAGCAGAAACGACUUCCUCGGGAAGGUUCUGUUCAACAUCAACGGGCUCCAGUCGGCUCAGACCCAGCAGGAGGAGGGCUGGUUUCGCCUCGGCCCAGACAAGCCCAAACACAGCGAGCAGGAGGGGACUCUGGGCUCCUUGCGGUUGCAGCUCCGACUCAGGGAUGAAACGGUCCUGCCCUCCAGCCAUUACCAGCCGCUCACAGAGCUACUGAGCCAGUCCGUAGGCUCCCACGUCAACGGCAACUGGCCGGACCUGAUCAUGCUGAUCGACGAGACCACGACAGCCGAGAGCAGACAGGAGGUGGCCAGCAACCUGGUGAAGCUCUUCCUGGGUCAGGGGCUGGUCAAGGAGUUCCUGGAUGUUCUCUUCAAGCUGGAGCUCGACAAGACCACUGAACCAAACACAUUAUUUCGGAGUAACUCCUUAGCAUCCAAGUCCAUGGAGUCCUUUUUAAAGGUAGCAGGCAUGCAGUAUCUGCACAGGCUGCUGGGCCCCACUAUCAGCAAGAUCUUCGAGGAGAGGAGAUACGUGGAGCUGGACCCCAAUAGAGUGGAGCUAAGGGAAGCUGGGUGUACAGGGCUUCACCGGACGCAGACUGAGGCCGAUGUGAUCCAGCAGAGCACCACUUAUCUCCAGUCCUACCUCUCGGAGCUGCUCAACGCCAUCCUCCAGUCCGCCUCCUACUGCCCGCUGGUCCUCUGCCAGGUUUUCCAGCAGCUCUACCACCGCGUGGAGGCACGCUUCCCCGACCCUGAGUACAGGAAGGUCAAGUUCAUUGCCGUCACGAGCUUCCUGUGUCUGCGUUUCAUCUCGCCUGCCAUCAUGUCCCCCAAGCUCUUCCACCUCCGCGAGAAGCACGCCGACGCGCGCACCAGUCGCACCCUCCUCCUCCUGGCUAAGGCCAUUCAGAUGAUUGCGAACCUGGACACUCUGGCCGGCUGCUCCAAGGAGCCCUGGAUGAACCCCCUGCAGCCCACCAUCCAGCAGGGGAUCGCCCAGCUCAAGGACUUCAUCACCAGGCUGGUCAGCUGUGAUGAGGCUGAGGACCUGGGUCUUCAGGCUCGCAUGAGCCUCCAGUGUGGCUCCAUGGAGAAGGAGGGCUACCUGCUCCUGCACAGGACAAAGGACAAGUGCAUGCCCAUGACCUCUCCCUUUAAGAAGUACUUCGUCACGCUCAGCAAGGACACGCUGUCCUACGCCAGAACUCAACACUCCAAGAAGAGCUCGUUCAUCUGUUUGCCCAGGAUCAGGGCGGUGGAGAAGGUGGAGGAGAAGAGCUUCGGCAGUGCCAAUGUCAUGCAGAUUAUUUCCGGUGAUGACAUCGGCACACUGGAGACUCUUUACCUGGACUGCAAGAGUGUGAAUGAACUGAAUCACUGGCUCUCUGCCUUGAGGAAAGCCUGCAGCCACAACACUGACACGAUGAGCUCCUACCACCCUGGAGUCUACAAGGCAGACAGGUGGAGCUGCUGCCACCAAAAGGACAAAGCUGAUCCAGGAUGUGACAAAACGAAACAUGGCGUGACAUUACAGGAGUGGUAUGACCCCUUGGACCCGGAUCUGGAGUCCCAGCUCAUCUACAGACACCUCCUCGGGGUCCAGCAAGUCAUGAAGGAAAAGUAUUUGGAACUGAAAAAGCUACAUGAAAAUGAAGAAGGCCCACAUGAAAAAAGUCAGGAGAAAUCGGAUGAAGUGAUGAGGUUCUUCAGUGUUCUCCAGGACCUCCACGAAGCACACUUGGCCGUGGAGGAGGAGGAGGAGCGCGCAAGGAAUAAGAAUAACUUUCUCUUAGAGUUGCAGACCUAACUACGGCACCUUCACUGCCAGCCAACACAUCUGCACUGUACAUUAUAGAGCAGAUACACCUGGACCUCAGCAUUUUGGCUUUCUCGCGGCCAUCAUCAUAACAUGUAGGAGGUCACUGUUUUUGGUACACUGUAGUGCCAAGCAGGCUUGGAUCUCUCUCUUCUCCUUUUCCUAUCUAAUGACGUCACACUUAAUUAUCUUCAGGUGAUCACCACAAAAGUAUUUGAAAUACUGUACGCAGGUUCCCUUUAAUGGAAAAAAGCGGCGUAUAGGUGUUUGAGGCCUAAAGCAGUAUUUAUGAAGAGCGAUGUAUUAUUUCAAAAUAAAAGACUAAAGGUGUGUAGCACGUUAAUAUUAUUACCCAGUGCAAACACCAGUUUAAUUUGCCAACUAGAGAGAUGAGUUUAUUUUUAUAGAGACAUUUAACUGAUGGCAGCUCUUAUUUUGACUUCUCAUUCCAUCCAUUCCCAACUUAGCUAUGUCUUUCUAUGGAAGACAUAGAUGUUAUCAUUUUUAACUUGGCUUGUAUAUGUGUGUCUUCUCAAAUAAUUAAUGUAAUUAUGUCUUUGUGUUUAGUUUGUGUGUUUUCGUCCAAUCAUGUUGUUUGUUUCAUAUUUUUUAUAUUUAUUACAUCAUCAGCAUUGACUACGAAAGUAUUUGAUUCUUUGAUACACAACAUGUUUGCCAUUAAACACUGAUGUUUACAGAUUGCGGAAGCAUUUGAUCGCUAUUAAUCCAUUGUGUUGUUCUGUACAAGUUAUGUAUGCAUUUUCAAGUAUUAUCAUACGUAUAUAGCAUUGGUGAUACUGACAAACAUCUUUUUAUGAUGUUCAGACUGACCAGAGACCUUUAACGUUUUUUUUUUAAAAAACAUACUCCGCCCAUUAUUUUUGUUUGCCAUCGUCAGUGUCAACUCUGUUUUUUUGUUGUUCUUUUUAUGACAAAAUAUCAUAUCCAAAUUUGUAUUGUGACCAUCUUAAUUGUGACCAGUGUAAACAUUUUCUAUUCUGUCAUAGAUUUGUCACAUGGCUGUGUACAACAGAAAAUAAAAAAGAAGGUUUAUGCAUUA